CAUUUUAGUUGAAGUUUUACUUAGUUUGUAUGUCAGAAAAAUGACAGCAAGUUGCAUUUUACGUAUAAGUUGUAUUUCUGCUAUCGGCUGAUAAAUAAAAAAUACUUUGAUUCAAACGAUUUGCUAUGUCAACACUUAUUUUUUUCAGCUGUGGUUUUAGUUGUGGCUAAUGAUUGUGUUUUGUUGUCUUUGUUGUUGUUGUUGUUGUAGACGUCGUUGUCGUGAUUUCUUUUUGUUGUUUUACUCGUUGCCGUCGUCGUUGUUGUUAACGUCGUUUACGUUGUUUUCGUGUUUUUUUGUUUGUUUUUUUGUUGUGGUCGCUGUUGUCCCUGUUUUGUUGUUGUCGUCGCCGUCGUCUUGUUGUUGUUGUUGUUGUUGUUGUUGUUGUUGUUGUUUUUUACGUUGUUUUAGUAACUGUUUCUAAAUUAUUUUUGCCUGAUUGUUUACUAGAAUUAAUAAAAAAUGAAGACACCGUCGAAUUUCCCUCUUCAAGUGUUUAUUCACACUCCCAACGAUGACAUCAUAUCUAUAAAUAACAUCGACGCAAACGCUAAAAUCAAUGAUCUAAAAUCACACAUUGAAAUCAAAACUGGCAUCCUAGCCGAAGUGCAAAAUUUGUAUCUAAGCAAUAUAAAACUAGAAGAUUCAAAAACGUUUUUCGAGAAAAGUAUUAAAAAUGGCGCAGUGAUGAGAAUAAGAAUAAAAGAGAAAAGCUUAGAACAGAUUUAUUUGAAUGCUGCAAAAGGCGAUGUCAAAGCAGUGUUUAUAUUAGGCGUUGAAUUUAUGAAGGACGAUGAAACUUUAACAGGCUAUGAAGAAGAACAAAUGCAAGCCUGGAAUAAAUUUGUCCCAUUAAGAGCAUUUCAAGGACUCUUUACAGCCUGUUUUAAGGGACAUCUGCAGUUGGUGGCAGAGCUGAUCAAUCGCAGUGCUGCACACGUCCGUAUGAUUUCGAAGAACGGACGCACCCUGUUACAUGCCGCUGCAAGACAAGGACAUCUUGGUUGUGUCAGCUUUUUGCUUGGUCAAGGAGUCGACGCCAAGUUGACAGACCGAGAAGGCAUGUCAGCACUGGCAUUUGCUGCAGAAAAUGGGCACAUCAAGUGCGAAAAGAGAAUUUGGCUGUUCAAUUGGAAUAUGGAUGUUUUAAAGGAGAUGGAUUUGAGCAGAGGUAAAAGUGAGGACGAAAAAGAUAAAGACAGUCUGUACAGCACUGCGGAAAGAUACAAGCAACAAUACGAAAGAGAAAUGUCGACGAAGAAUUCAGUAAAAUUUCCACCAAUCAAAUUGGAACAAGUUGACGACAAACCAAACGUCUAUCACAAGAUACAACAGGUCAAUUAUCUUCCACAAGUUCGCACACCCGAGAUGAAGAACAGCGAAAGAAAAAAACCCUAUGCUGAACUACCAGAGAACAACAACAAACUUAUAAAGCAUAAAAGCCACAACAGAACGAAAUCUGCGCCCCGCACAACAUACGAAGCUCUGAAAACGACGCCACAUGUAUACAUAGGUGACAAAUUUAAACCGGCACCUAAGACUACUGGUCAAGCAGCAGACAAACAUGUUUCAAAUUGGGUAGAUGAUAUACGGGCAUCUUCUAAGUGUAGUGAUGAACACACAGGGAAAAGCGAAGCAAGAUCACAGUCUAAAAGUUCAAAUAAAACAAUUGUCUCUGGUAAGGAGAGCGGUCAGGAGGAAAAUGUCCUCUGUGCAGGAGAUAUGACACGCAACUCUCCUGUGCAGUGCCAGAAUCUCAAUACUAGUAACGAUGGUGAUGAAUUGAACGCAAUGAGUGAUCUUAAGAAAAAAGACGUGAAAGAAUCCGACGUUAAAAAAGUUUUACCGAUUACCGUUGUAAACAGUAUCGACUUUAAGAACAACGACAACAUGAAAAAGAAAAUCAUAAAAACUAAUCGAAUAAAGAUUGAAAACAAUGAUAAUUCUCAAAACAGAAGAAUUGUCGUUCACUCAGAACAAUUAUCAAAAACAACUCCACUUCGAAACGCGGCUGUGAUCAACGAAAUAAGCAAAGUAAAUUCACCACACGACGUAUCAGUAGAACACAUACCCCAGCAGAAUGCAGAAAGUGAUAUGAAAUCAUUCCCUAAGAUAGAAGAAGAAAAGAAAGAAGAGAUAAAGAAGGAAAGGGAUUUAAAGGAAAAAGAAGAAAAGAAAGCUAACGAUGUUUGGAGACCAGAAAGUUCACUCUCCUUCGCAACCACUGAUAUGAUCCUAUACUAUGGUAGAACACGCAAGUCGUACGAAGAUUGGUUAGAUGAAAAAAAAAGACAGAAAAAAGAGGCAACGCCGCGACCUUCUACGUCUUGUCUCGAUAACACAGACGAUAUGAAAGUAGAAAGGAAUAGGAAGGCAUUUGAGAAAUGGUUGUUUAUAAAAGCGAGGCGAAGAACACGUUCAUACUCCGAAGAAGAAGAAAAGAGAAAAAGAAAAAAACAUAACAGGUCUUUGUCAGAAAGAGCAGCUACAUUUGAAGAAUGGCUGGCAGGUAAGAAGGAUAUACGACCAAAGUCUGAAUGCGCUACAGAUAUUUCACCUAAAAUUCGAACAAGAGAGAAAAUUAAGCGAGGCAUGACUUUUGAAGAAUGGAAAAAAUGGAAAAAUGAAAAGUACAAAAAAGACAAGAAGUGUACAUCAAGUGAUGUCCUCAAUCAAAGUCAAUCUACUGGUUUGUCAUUUGAGAAAUGGUUGCAAGCGAAAGAAGAGGAACGUGCUUUUGCGAUGUCGAUAAUGAAAACAAAAUACGCGCAAGAAAUGUCAAUGUUUGAAGAAAAGUUACGAUACAAAAUGAAUGAUCCGCGACAGAAAACCUACGAAGAAUGGUUUCUGGAGAAAAAAUAUGACUAUAAAUUAGAAAAAAAGUACAACCGAGUAAACAAGUCUAAAGAUGAGCGAGUCAAACACCCGGAAGAUUCGAAUUUAAUUUUUGAUAUGUGGUUAGCGGAUAAAUACAUGAGAGAAAUGGAAAUCGAAAAAGAAAAACUAAAAGAAACAAGAAUUGGACGAAAAUCUAAAAACAAAUCUUUGACAAGCAUAACAGAAUACAGUGACGGUGAUCAGUACUCGUCUGACGAUAGCAGUAUGUCGGAUACGACAAGUGAUUGACGACGUCGUUGAUGUUAUUGAUGCCAAGAGAUUGACGGAAAAUGUUUUUUUUUAAUAAAAAUACUUUGAAAAAAAUGUAAAAUACAGCAUUUUCUAAAGUCAAAACCGACCA